AUGGAUCCGAAUCACUCUCGGAAGAAGCAGCGACUCACGCUGGCUCAAUUAGCAGCUUACGAUGAUAUUCUGACGGACGCACUCAUCGAUCAUGUAUACUUUUGGACGAAUAUACGAAAAAAUAAAAGUGCAUACCUCUCCUCGCGUGGUAUAAAAGAGGAAGAAAUCGCAUCUAUCUUGCAAAAACGUGUCAUACUAGAGCAAAACCUAGCCAAGGCGGAAGCAGAGCUGCUUAGCUUGUCUGGUCUUCGGAAAUUUAUAGAUAACUUGAAGACUGAAAAAGAGAAGCUAGACUUCACGCGACACCUACAUCGUUAUGUACAGAUAUACCUACCAGACUGUCCAUGGGAAGUUUCCACCACCAAUAGGUACACUAUCGUUACCCAGGAGGCAGCUGUAACAGCGAGGGCCUUCAUUAAGAGUAAGCAGAAAAUCAAAUACCUUUGUGGCAUUCAGGUAUUCAUCACCAAGGAAGAGCUCGAGUUAACUCAAAAAAACCGACGCGAUUUUAGUAUCGUAUUCUCCAGUCGUAAAAAAGCAUCAUCUCUAUUUUUAGGUCCAGCACGAUUCGCGAAUCAUGAUUGUUACCCAAAUGCUCGCCUUUCGACAUGCGAGGCUGAUGGCAUGGAGAUCAUUGCUGUCAGGGACAUUGAGAUUGGAGAGGAAGUAACUGUGAAAUACGGUGAAGAUUAUUUUGGCGACGAUAAUCGCGAGUGCUUAUGUCGAAGUUGCGAGAUUAAGGGCAAAAACGGCUGGUCUCAUGCUAACAUAAAUGAGAACCCAACAGUUGCUGAACCCUCUAUUCAGAAAUCUUCAAGGUAUAUUUUCCGCUCCAGUCGACAUAAUUCGUUUCAUGAAGAAAAAUCCGAAAGACCUAGGCCAAGUCACGUAGUGAAACCUUUGGUUUUGGAUACAAUGCUCGAAUCAUCAAGUAUAUCAGCCCUCGAGUCUUCUUUAGUUGGCGAAUUUUCGAUACCCUCAUCAGGGCGAAAAAAUAAAAUUAAUGAUGAAGAACCAUCACCAGUCGUGCAAAAAAAAUUACGAUCCAAACAUAUUACAACAUGCGAAACAUUCAAGGAAAUUCCCACCCUUGUAAAUAUUGGACAGUCCCCUUCUUACUCGUCUUCUUUGUCCACUUCCUGUAGUGAUAUAUAUUCGAUGGACGGUAGCCAUGCAAGUACGGAUGCGACUUCUGUUGACGAAGAUUCAGCUACUAUACAAGAUUCCAGAGCUGACCUAACUAUCUCUUGGUCACUUAGGAGCAGACGCAUUUUCACAAUUGUUGCUAAGCCUAAAGAAAAUCUCGCUAAUGCUUGCCACAAUCGUGAAAAUCAAUCAUCGAGCACUGAUGGCAGGUUUACAGACAUUUUGGAAGAUUCGAACAAAUCACGUGAUUUUGGGAUUUCAGACAACUCGGCUAAAAAAUCAAGUCCCAAAGCUAGCCGAAAAUUGAAGGAGACUCUGCGGGCACCUAAACAAACUUGUGUCGCGAACACAGGAAGUUCUAAACAAGGAUUUCGCGUUCCAGGAGACUACCACCUCACACCUCUUCUCAUAGUAGACCUCGCAAGCGACUGGAUUAGAUGCCAGAACUGCGAGGAGUUCUUCGUACAGACAGAUGCCUACACCCCACGAUUUGCGUGCCCGCGCUGCGAGCGGCAUAGUAAACUUUACGGUUAUAGAUGGCCGAAAUCUGAGAGGGAAAACAGCGAUGAUGAGGAAGAGCGCGUUCUGGAUCACAGAACCAUCCAGAGAUUUGCAAACUCAACAGAAUCUAGAGCAGUCAAAAAAUGGAGCCAGAGGCCGACGAUGUUGCAUGACAGUAGGUCAACACGUGAGGAUAUCUUCGAAAACCCGAAUAAACUAUCAAAAGGUUGCCGAAUGACAAGGUCAUCCAAGCUUAGGUGCACAAUAUGA